CAGGUCGCUAUUCAAUUUGCGCAUCACAUCCGCGACACGUCACCGCAAACCAGCGUCUUCUGGGUACACGCGAGUUCGAAGCCAAGGUUUGAAGAGGCAUACCGGUCCAUUGCGGACAAUCUACGGCUACCUAGGCGAAACGAUCCCAGCGUCGACGUGCUCCGGCUAGUUCGCGACUGGCUGCAGAGAGAGGAAGCUGGCCCGUGGUUAAUGGUCUUGGACAAUGUUGACGACGUCAACCUCUUCUACCCCAGCUCCAGCGCCGGAAGAGAUGGGGCAGUAUGCCAUCCAGCGGACGAGAACCCUGCUGCACUGAGCGUGCAGCGGCCACUCGCAGUCUUCCUACCGAAACGCCGCAAUGGAAUCAUCCUCGUCACAUCACGC